AUGUACGAGAACCUCACGUCGUCCGAGAACGACUUUUGGAGCAUCGCGCUCUCAAAUGGCACGUACGGGGCUGAUUACGCUGCUUUGGAAGCCGCUUCGGAAACAGGAGUUAACGUCAGCGUAACAACCGGCCAGCUGGACGGCGCAUUCACUCACGUGUGCAGCGCGCGCCCCUCUGACAGCACCCAACUGUGCCCACUCAUUGCCACAGACCCGCCUUCCACCGCCCCCUGCUUUCCUGGCUGGGCCGAGGUCAUCUUGGAGAGUGGAGAGCGUGUGCAGCUGCGCGACCUCAAGACUGGCGACCAUGUGCUGUGCUUGUCGGCUUCGAACGGCAACAGCCUGGCCUACUGCGACAUGAAGACAUUCAUCAACGUCCAGCACAACAAGACCAGCCCCUUUGUGGAGCUGCACUACACGGACAAGGACGGUAACGCCAGUGUGCUCACCUCGACCCCCGACCACUUCAUCUUUCGCGCUGGCGAGGAUGUGGAUGUGUCCAACGCAUCCACCACCAAGCCCGCCGGCGACUUCAUAUUUGCAGAGGACUUUGUUGUUGGCGACCGCCUUGUGCGCUACGACGACGCCGGCUUUGUGUACACCGUCGCCAUCACCAGCAUCACGGAGACGACGUACAAUGAGUUCUACUCGCCCGUCACCAACGACGGCUCCACGCUGUUUGUGGACGACGUGUUUGCGUCCUCUUUUGCCUUCCUCGCAUCCGCGGAGGCCCUGCGCAAGCUGAACGCCCCAAUCUGGCAGAACGACGACGCCCGCUUCAGCGUGCCCACCCCUGGCAGUGACUUCCCUGUUGGCCUACACCCAUUUGUGGCGGAGCGCGCCCGCCUCAUUGUCCAGGCAAACGUCAGCGACAAGACGAUUGACUUUGGCGGCCUUCUUGGCUACAUUGGCCAGAAGCUUGCGCAAGGCCACAUCUUCUCCGAGCAAGAGAUGCUCGACCUCAUUCCCACUUACAUCAGCUAA